AUGAAGUCUGUUCUUGCUCUAGCUACGCUCCUUUUCUCUGCUUCGGCGUUGGCGGGAGCAGAUCUCUCCAAGGUCUCUAUUUAUACUGAUGAAGGCACACAUUCGACCACUUCGAAUGUUGGAGAGUGUGUCAAGCAUUCCACUCCAGGUAUCCCAGCUCUUAUCAUUGAGGUGCAAUCGAAGGGACGCUGCAGUUUCUACAGGCAAGAUCACUGUCUCGGGGAUCCUGAGUUGACCAUGGGCGAGGGUGCUCGGACACUCACUCGGGAACUUAAGGUCAUUACGUAUAAGUGUGAAUAG